AUGGAGAGUCUGUUGUCGCCGGCGUAUCAGUCGGCGUCGGAGUCCAUCGAUGCGUCGCCUUCGUACACUCCGAAUGCUCAGUGGACCGGCAGCCUGGGGAAGAAACCAGGGCCACCUAAUAGCUCCAGCAGGACCAAGGGAAUCGCUGAUCUGGAGAGAGAGAUGGAGGAGCUCCGAGCGAGUUACCAACAGGUGUGCGAAGAGAGGGAUGCGUUGGAAGACCUUCUACUGCAGGAGCAGCUCAAGAACCGAACGCCAGCGGACAAGCAGUUAGAGGAGGCCAAGGCACAUGCAGCAGCGCUGGAGCUUGAGCUAAGAUCCAUGGCUGCUAGAUGCGAGGAAUGGAAGCGCCGGGCAGCGCAGCGGGCAGCUGAAAUGAAUCCAGCCAUGGUGCAGGCACUACUGGAGGAGCGGCUGGAAGAUUUGGACGAGUCAGGGACGAUCAAGAUACAGAUGGAGGUGGCUCGCCUGCGGGACGAGCUGGCCAAAUCCGAGGUGCUUCGCUUUGAGCUCUUCCGCAGCACACAAGAGGGAGCAGCGACGAACAGCAAGUGGGAGGCAGAGGAGGAGGGGCUGAAGCAGCAGAUGGAGGAAGUGGAUGCAGGCAGGGAGAUCAACAGUAAGAGCAUCGAUGAGAUCCCAGAGAGCACCGUGUGGAGAGAAGCCAACAGCAUGGAAGAAGCGGAGGAUUUGAUGCAGGAGCUGCUGGAGAUGGGGCAGGCGUCUCUGAGCCAGCAGGACGUGGAGCGACUGUCAGAAGCAGUGGAGUCUGCAGAGCGCAGAGCAGUGGAGGCUGAGAGGAGGGCUGCGCAGGCAGAGAAGGAAGCUUCAGAGAAGGCGAUGCAAAUAAGGGUGCUGGAGGCGAAGCUAACAGCACUGCUG